GCUGCCAGCGCAGGGGAGAAGAUGGGCAGUGGAAGUAGCAGCAGCACGACUGUUGUUGAGAGCAGACCUUUACCUGACAGCACUGCUCCCGGCAUCAUGCCCCACUCAAAGAGUCAAGACAUGGGCUCCGCCUUCAUCCAGACGCAGCAGCUCAACGCCGCCAUGGCCGACACCUUCCUGGAGCACAUGUGCCUGCUGGACAUCGACUCUGAGCCCACCAUCGCACGCAACACUGGCAUCAUCUGCACCAUCGGGCCUGCCUCUCGCUCUGUGGACAUGCUGAAGGAGAUGAUCAAGUCCGGCAUGAAUAUCGCCCGCCUCAACUUCUCUCAUGGCUCUCACGAGUACCAUUCCGAGACCAUUAAGAACAUCCGUGAGGCCUGUGAGAGCUUUGAGCCUGGAAGCAUCCACUACAGGCCAGUGGGCAUCGCCCUGGACACAAAGGGCCCGGAAAUCAGGACCGGACUCAUCAAGGGCAGCGGCACCGCCGAGGUGGAGCUGAAGAAGGGCAACAUGAUCAAGGUGACGCUGGAUGACUCCUACAUGGAGAAAUGCGAUGAGGACAUCCUGUGGCUGGACUACAAGAACAUCACCAAGGUGGUGGAGGUGGGCAGCAAGGUGUACAUCGACGACGGACUCAUCUCCCUCCAGGUUAAGGAGAUCGGCUCUGACCACCUCCUGUGUGAGAUUGAGAACGGGGGCACGCUGGGCAGUAAGAAGGGCGUGAACCUGCCGGGGGCCGCCGUGGACCUGCCCGCCGUGUCGGACAAAGACGUCAAGGACCUCCAGUUCGGCGUGGACCACGGCGUGGACAUGGUCUUCGCCUCCUUCAUCCGCAAGGCCUCGGACGUGCACGAGGUCAGGAAGGUUCUGGGAGAGAAAGGCAAGAACAUCAAGAUCAUCAGCAAACUGGAGAACCACGAGGGCGUGCGCAGGUUUGAUGAGAUCAUGGAGGCCAGUGAUGGUAUUAUGGUGGCUCGUGGAGACCUGGGCAUCGAGAUCCCCACGGAGAAAGUCUUCCUCGCCCAGAAGAUGAUGAUUGGCCGCUGCAACAGGGCGGGCAAGCCCAUCACCUGUGCCACUCAGAUGCUGGAGAGCAUGAUCAAGAAGCCCAGGCCGACCCGUGCCGAGGGCAGUGACGUGGCCAACGCUGUGCUGGAUGGAGCCGACUGCAUCAUGCUCAGCGGGGAGACGGCGAAGGGAGACUACCCCCUGGAGGCAGUGCGCACACAGCACAUGAUCGCCAGGGAGGCGGAAGCGGCCGUGUUCCACAGGCAGCUGUUUGAGGAGCUGCGUCGCUCCUCCCAGUUCACACGCGAUCCCUCCGAAGCAGUGGCCGUAGGUGCCGUGGAGGCCUCCUUCAAGUGCUGCGCUAGCGCCAUUGUUAUUCUCACCAAGUCCGGCAGGUCUGCACACCUGAUCUCCAGGUACAGGCCCCGUGCCCCCAUCCUGGCCGUCACCCGUAACGGUCAGACGGCCCGUCAGGCACACCUGUACCGCGGCAUCUUCCCCAUCCUCUACAACAAACCUCCCCACGAUGUCUGGGCAGAGGACGUGGACCUCAGGGUCAACUUUGCCAUGGAAGUGGGCAAGGCCAGGAGGUUCUUCAAGACGGGCGAUGUUGUCAUUGUCCUGACCGGCUGGCGCCCCGGCUCUGGUUACACCAACACCAUGCGUGUUGUUCUUGUCCCCUAAACCUCCCCUCUCCCCCCCUCCCCCAAGUCAGGCGAGAGUCUACCCCCCUCCCCUGUCCUGUACCCCUCCACCCCAACCCUCCGUGUCUAAAGCACUUCUUUUACUGGCAUUCCCUACAUCAGUACACCUGUACAGACAGCAGGGUUCACUCAGAGACCGGCUGUCACCCGCAGAAGGCUUGUGAUGCCCGUCUGCCUGGCGUCUGGCAUAGGAAUUCCUCUGUAGACCACGAGCGUGUUCCUUCUCGGUUUGGUUCUCCUUUACUCUGCCAGUCUUUGUAGUUCCCCCAUAGCUCUAUUUAUUCACCGUGUGUGUUACCCUCUCCGCAUCACAUGCCGUGUGCUGUCUGUCUGCAUGCCUGCCUCACUCGGGUCCAGAGAGGGUGGAAGAGACAGAGAGAGAGAGUGUGUUUGAAUUGUACCAUGUGUCGGCAAAGGGAACAAAUAUCUUGCUUCCCAAAACAAAAUGGCUCCUCUAAAACCGUUUGGCUUCUGUUCAGUUUUCCUCUGUAAUCCACCGUAAAAGGGACCCAACCUGCGACUAUACUUCUGUCUCUGCCUGUCGUGUGUCGCGUGUGCGUGUGUGUGUGUGUGUGUCUGCUUCCUCUGCACUGUACUGAAACGUUGCACUUCUUGUCCCUUCCUAGAUGAUGUUACAUUCUGUGCUAUACUUGACUUUAGGAAGUCAUAAAUAUUUUGGAAUCCAAGUCUACAUAUAUAUAUUUUUUUUCCUAUAAAGAAGAGAAUGUAGAUGUUGGAUGUCUUUACUAGUUUUAUUAAACUAGUGCUUUGUUUGUUUUUGUUUUGGUUUGGGGGUUUUUUUUCCUGGAAAAGAGUGAGAUGCUGUGAAACAUUUAAGUUGGUUUGCGUCUCUGGUGCCGCAAAUGUUGUUGUGUGUGAAUGAGCUCUUCUGUCGAAGGCUUCACGGAAGAUGGAAACAUUAGAGAAAGACACGAUGAUCAUUUUUUUUUUUCUUUCCUGUGGGAACCAAGAGUGAUGCAAGUGGUGAGGCAGCGUCAGAUGAUUCCGUUAGCCAAUCAGAGCUCACCAUCCCCCCCCCCCCCCCGUCAGUGUCUCUCUCAUCCUCUCUCUUUUGCCUCUUCUUUAGCACUUGCUCCUUCAAUCCUGUCUGUCAGUGUCUUUGUGCGAGUGCGUGUGUGUGUGUGUGUGUGUGUGUCACCACCUGCUUAUUGGAUUGCGAUGCUAGGUUUUAAGUACAAUGAUUUCUUCUGAGUAAUUUGAUGUAUAAAUCUGUUGUGUUGCGUUGUCCUUCAAAGA